AUGCCAUUCUUUUUCGUCAUGCUGCUGGCAGUCCUUUAUGGUGCCGUUGAAACAGGAGAGAAUUCUCGAGGAACCCCAAGUGGACACCAUCUUCUACAAAAUCCACGAGCUGAUGGUCUACCAUAUCAGCUUUCUGAACAAGUUGCAGACCUGGGAGUCUACGAACACCGUUGGGGACAAAGUGCUCGACAUGGUGAGUGUGUAGGACCAAAUUUUUUGGCUAUUGCACAACAUGCGCUCAGAAUAAAUAUGUAUGUGAAUGCUGAGACAGCGGUCAAUUCACAUAAUCUAAAACACUAG